UCUAGAGCUGAUGAUGUGUAUUUCUAUGGUUUGUUUGACGGUCAUUGUGGAAAGAAAGCAGCACAUUUUGCAGCUCAAAGAAUGCCAGCAGAAAUCCUAUUAGGUCAACUUAAAGGAAAUGAGAACGAUAAAAGUAUAAAAGAAUUAUUACGAAAAGCAUUUUCAACUGUCGAGAAAGGAUUUUUUGAAUCAAUUGAUGAUCUUUUGGCAGAAAAAGCUAAUUUAGAAUUUCAGUUGCAGGAAGCAGGAAUGUAUGCAACGUACAGGAACCAACCAGAAAUUAUUGACUGUCUUAGAACAAUUUCUUCCGAAAUUUCAGGAGGAACUACUGCUGCUGUUGCUCUAAUUGUCAAAAAUAAGCUCUAUGUUGCAAAUGUUGGAAAUAGCAGAGCCGUUCUAUGUAAAAUAGAUCAGAGUAACUUAAUUCAUGUUCAGCAGUUAAGUGUCGAUCAUGAUAUUGAUAAUGAUGAUGAAUUACUUCGGUUAUUAGAGCUCGGAAUGGAUGUAGAGAAAAUACGCAAGCAAGGAAAAUUAGGCAAUCAAGAAAAUACACGAUGUAUUGGAAAUUAUAUGGUUAAAGGAGGAUAUAGAGAUUUCGAUUCAAUACUUCGAGAAUCAAGCCAAGAGCCUGUUAUAGCUGAACCGGAAAUGUGUGGAGGUAUUCAAAUAGAUGAUAGUUGUAGGUUUUUACUACUAAUGUCUAGUGGAUUAUAUAAAUCCUUAAAAGAAGCUACAGGUACAAAACAGGCAAAUCUUGAUAUAUGCAAAAUGGUUAUAGAACAGUUUUCCAUGCAUACAACAAUUACUGGAGUUGCUCAAGCUGUGGUGGAUAAAAUUGUAAGAAUUCAUCAUGACAUGUAUUUAAAUAGUCCCGAAUCAUUAACAGUAUGCCAAAAACGAGAUGANAAGUGUUUCCAAUUCCACUAUUUAGUCUUCCAUAAAACUAACCAUCUACAUCUACAGUCGGUGAAAAAAUCGGCUUCCACCGCUAAACCGAGUGAG